GAAUUUCCUCGGUCUCAUGGCUGCAAGAUUGCAAAAUUUGAAUGGAGCAAUUUUCCUCUCCACCAUAAGAGAAACCUAUGAAUCUGCAACGACUCUGGGGUUCUAUUUAAUCCGCUUCCCCUCAAGUUUUCGAAAUGUGCGGUGCCUUUACUUCUUGCUUGAAGCGUUCCCAAACUCUACCAAGGAUUUGUUUGGUAUUUCAUCAUUCAUUGACCAUAUUACCUGAGUAGAUUAACUUUCUUGCAAGUUAAAACAUGUUUAUGGUGGAGAGUAAAGAAGGUGCUAUAGCAUGUAUGAUUCUGUCACUCUUCUGUUUGGGAACCUUCCCUGCACUUUUAUCUCUCUUAGAACGACGGGGGCGUCUUCCUCAGCAUACCUACCUUGAUUACUCCAUAACAAAUUUUUUAGCUGCUGUACUUAUUGCAUUGGCACUUGGUGGGGUUGGAAAGAGCUCACAUGAUAGUCCAAAUUUUAUCCAACAGCUUUCACAGGAUAAUUGGCCUUCUGUCAUGUUUGCGAUGGCUGGUGGUGUGGCAUUGAGUCUCGGGAAUCUUUCUUCUCAAUAUGCUUGGGCGUUUGUCGGUUUAUCCGUUGCAGAAGUGCUCACUAGUAGUUUAAUAGUAGUUAUAGGCUCAACCUUGAACUACUUUCUUGAUGACAAGAUUAAUAAAGCUGAGAUCCUUUUCCCUGGUGUUGCUUGCUUUGUGAUUGCGGUAUGUCUUGGCUCUGCUGUUCACUCGUCCAAUGUGGCUGAUGACAAAGCUAAGCUGGAAAGUUUGUCUGCUAAAUCCCGGAAAGAGUCGACGGCCAUUGAUGUCUCUGCAUUUUCGAGUAGGGAUCUGGAGAAUGCUGAUGGUUCUUCACGAAAGGCAGACGUUGGGACUGCAGACUUUCUUGUUCAGCUCGAAGACAGGCGAGCCAUCAAGGUGUUUGGUAAGAGCUCAUUAAUUGGACUGUGCUUUACUUUCUCUGCUGGUAUUUCCCUUUCUCUCUUCUCACCUGCAUUCAAUUUGGCCACAAACGACCAAUGGCACACUCUAAAGGAAGGUGUUCCGCACUUAGCUGUCUAUACGGCAUUUUUCUACUUCUCAGCCUCUUGUUUUGCCAUAGCCAUCGUUCUUAACGUCAUCUUCCUUUACCGCCCUGUACUUGGCUUGCCCAAAACAACAUUCAAGGCAUAUCUGAAUGACUGGAAUGGUAGAGGAUGGGCCUUUUUGGCUGGUUUUUUGUGUGGAUUUGGAAAUGGUCUGGAGUUCAUGGGCGGCCAAGCAGCUGGAUAUGCAGCAGCAGAUUCUGUGCAGGCGUUUCCACUUGUGAGCACGUUUUGGGGAGUUAUUCUAUUUGGAGAAUACCGUAGAUCUUCGAGGAAAACGUACGUGUUGCUGGUCAGCAUGUUGUUUAUGUUUUCAGUGGCUGUUGGAAUGCUAAUGGCUUCAUCAGGACAUCGGCAUGUGAAUAGUGUUGCAAAAUCUGUAGAGAAAUUUUAUAAAAACACAAACCUUUGAACCAGUUAGAAGAGAAUCACAACAGAUGUGGCUGCUCGAAGUGUAGAUAUUGUUCCUCCUAAUGUACUGGAAACUCUGUAUAGGGGUUUCUGGAGUUCCAAAAAAUUAGAUGACUGGAAGAACUCGAUCAACCAAUCUAAUUUAUAUGGGUUGAAUUAUAAACUUGUUUAGGUUUGAUUGAGUUCAAAUAAAUGAAAACUUAAACGCUGCUCUAAAGGUUCAUCUAAAAUAAACUUAUGUUGAACUGAACC